AUGAUGACCAGAGCUUUAUAUCCGGCUUUUCUGCUACCGAUUGCGCAUGCUUGGACCUUUGUAUCCACCAACUCCUCAGGCAAAGCGGACAUUCUUGAAGAAUCUGGGACAUUGAACUGCACUAGAAUCCAUCAGGCAAAAGGAGAGAAAUUCACAUGGGACCCUGAAAAAAGCAAUCUCUGCAUCUCAUUGUUCUACGAUGACAAUUGUCAAAGCAGAGGAGGCAUUUCAUGUCCUUUCUGGAAGAAAGACGCAAGUACAGACUUCGGAAGCAUCGAGGUUUACACUGAUAAAGAAGCUGCAACUGCUUCGAUAUCUACCUUGACUGUAACAGCAGCACCGUCGUCUUCCUCUUCAGUCUCAUCUGAAACCACUUCAUCUACUUCAUCAACAUCCUCCACAUCUUCUACACCAUCGCCCUCCCCGAGUCUGGCCCCGGAAACCUCAUCGUCCGCUGAAGCCGGCUCGUCGUCCGGAUCCGGUUCAAGUUUAUCUGGCGGUGCGAUAGCUGGUAUUGUCAUCGGAGCCAUUGCUGGCGUCUCGAUAAUAGCAGCACUUUUCUUCCUCUUUGGCCGACGUCGUCGCAAUAAGAAGAAUGCUGCUGCUAUCAGUCAGCAAACUGGCUCUGCGUACCAAGAUAAAAAUGGACCACAAAAUACUGCUACCACUUAUGCGGCUACAUCGCCAUCCACGACUUAUGGCCCCGGCAAACAACCUCCUUCAUCAAGCGGUGCAUCGGUACAAUCCCCUCUAGGGACUACAGUCUCUGAACUCCAUGACAAAGCACGACCUGCAGAAUUGAUCAGCAGCCCAAUAAGCGAAUUGGAUGCGCACCAAGAGAACAAAACCUACUUCGUUCGUUCUUAA